AUGCAGCCACCCGGGCCCCCGGACAGAGCGGGGAGGAGGCGGUGGGAAAGGGCUUCCCCCUCGGGCUUCGAGCCCUACGCGGACCAGGGUCUCUCUGAGGGGCUCCGGCAGCCUGCCGGGGUGUCCCGCUCAGAAACCGGCCUGCGGGAGCCGGGUCGGACCCGCCGGAGUCCGGCGGGCUGGGGGUGUGAUCAAAAAUCACAUGUUUGUGUGGGGAGUAACCGUGCUAUCAGCCCGCAGUCGGCCCUGCUGGCAGCUCUCCGCUGGGAUGUUCAGAAGGAGGGAGAACCUCAUGUUUAUCUCAGUAAAGAAGAAGUUAAAGAGAAGAUACAAAGCUAUAAUUCAUCUGUCACUGAUAAAUUAAAGAUGACCUUGAAUGCGAAUGGGAUUUACACUGGCUUCAUCAAAGUUCAGAUGGAACUAUGCAGACCGAUCACUGUGCAGUCCUCCCAGAGCCAGGGGAGGUGUGCUCACAGCAAUAAUGACACUGCUUUUUACUUGCCGGAUGGCUGCGUGAAUACCCUUCACAUCAGCAGCACCAAUACUGUUCGUGAAGUCAUCGAGGCCUUGCUCAAAAAGUUUUUCGUGGCUGACAACCCUGCAAAGUUUGCACUUUAUAAACGCUGUCACAAGGAAGACCAAGUUUAUACAUGCAAGCUGUCAGACCGAGAACAUCCCCUCUACCUGCGUUUGGUGGCAGGCCCCCGAACAGAAAUGCUCAGUUUUGUUCUACGUGAGCACGAAACUGGAGAAGUCCUGUGGGAAGCUUUUACUAUUCCUGAACUGCAAAACUUCUUGCGUAUACUGGACAAAGAGGAAAAUGAGCAACUGCAAAUCUUAAAGAAGCGUUACGCAGCUUACAGAGACAAACUUGAAGAAGCCCUUGGUGGGGUGUGGAAACCUGAUUAAAAGGGGGCCAAAGGACACUCAGGAAAAAUGCACGCAACCAAAUGUCAGUAUAGCAUGCCAAACCCAAUGUACAAAGAGCAGCAGAGAGUAGUUUUCUUUAUUCAGAAGACUGUUUUGUGAUGCCAGAGUACCUGAAUUUUGCUAUAGACUUAGUUCCAUAAGCCAGGUCACUUAGCAUCUUGCACCCACAAGUAAGGGAUUCUGCACGUUUGUACAUCAGUUUGCAAGCCUCGGUGUGCCUAGAGUUUUCCAAGUUAUCUUGGUGCAAGCUGUGAAACUGUAAUCAAUUUUCUAGGAUGCUAUGAAAUAAGAUUUUAUGUUUUUUUCUUCUUUGCUUUAAUGGUAGCUUUACAAGUGAGGAUGUGCAAAUUGAUGGGUUAAAAAAUGAAUUAAACCAGCUGGACAAGAAUUAGUUGGAGCACUAUCUUUGAGAUUAAAUUGAUUUGCACUACCUUUCUGUUUUCAAAUAGUUACUGUAUAAUUUGUGAGAGAACUGUUAUAGAUGGAAGGCAUAUGAGAUCUGGUUUAUUCUGUGAAAUUUGUGGAAGGCUUUAAAGUGGUCUUUCUGGAGAAGGUAAAGAGGAAGUUGAAAAGAAGGUCAGAGUUGAGGAAGGAAAACUCUUAACAGCUGACAGAUGAGGACUGGUUUUAAAUGGAAAUAGUAUUUAUACAGAGGAAAGUUGAAAUAGUAAUUUUACAAGAUAAAGUUUUAGGAUGUUAUAAUAUUGUGAAUAAGUUUUAUGUUUUUUUAACUGCAUAAAUCCACACUGGAAAAGAAAUAAAGAAAACAGAAAUAACGGGAAAGAAUGAGAGGCAAAAGCUAAAUAAGAAUGGCAGUGGAGCUGCACAUACAAGUCAUUAUUGGAGAAGCUGGUUCCAUAAAUGUGUAAUGGGGGUUUGAAAAGUGCAG